AUGCGCCAUUUUCCAACUUCGCCGUUUGCUUUCUGCCUGGCUGCUCACUUUCUGUUCUUGGCCUUAGUCUCAUCCUUAGACACAUCGCAAUCGUACCUCAGUCAUCAUAAUGUUCAGAUUACCGACAAAACUCCGCUCCAUCCUGCCUUUGACUCGUUUGUCGACCGUCUUAUGCAAGAGUGGCAUAUUCCUGGUCUUGCCAUUGCUGUAGUCCACGAAAACAAGACAUGGUCCAAGGGCUAUGGCUAUGCAACUCUGCCCAACGUGCCAUUCACACCUCAUACACUCUACCAGGUCGCUAGCACUACCAAAUCUUUCACAGCUUCUCUCGCGGCUCUGUUGAUCCAGGAUCAAGAUAAUUUCAGCCACAUUGAAUGGGACACACCACUCCACUUUCUUGUUGGCAACGACUUUGUUCUCAAGGACGACUAUCUUACGACUCAUGUUUCUCUCCUCGAUGCCUUAUCCCACCGAACUGGUAUGCCCAGACACGAUGCUGUGUGGUACGACCAAGGCUUGGAUACCAAGAGCCAGACUUAUCUUAUGCGUCAUCUUGAGUUGAGUGCAAGCUUCAGAACGGUCUGGCAAUACUGCAACCUGUUCUUCACUGCAGUCUCGCAUGUCAUUGAAUCUGUGACCGGGAAAUCGCAAGCAGAUCUUCUGCGCGAUUGGAUCUUUGAGCCUCUUGGAAUGAACGAAUCAUACUACUCUCGGGAAGAUGUAGCCAGUUGUCAGGCAUCGAAUCCUCGUUGCAUACUGGCUGACAGCUAUGCGUGGAACAAAGAGACGUCUUCUUACACCAAAUGGGCACUGAACCAAUCUAAUCCAGCGAAUGGAGCUGCGGGCAUCAUCUCCAACGUCAUUGAUUACAGCAAGUGGGUCCGCACUUUAAUGUACGAGUCUGGCCCGGUCUCUAAAGAAGGCCAUGCUAAGCUGAAGUAUCCCUCAUCUAUGCAAAGCGUCGAGACGGCGCCCUAUUCAGGGCCCUUCUGGUAUGGACUGGGACUUGAUGCAGGUGUAUAUCGCAGCGAAAGGGUCUUUGGGCACACUGGUGGCAUCAGUGGUUACGCAUCAAGUUUCAAGUUCUUGCCCGACCGCAAAUUUGGAUUUGUGAUGAUUCAAAACUCAAUGAGCACUGCUUUCGAGGCUAUGGGAUGGCGCUUGAUUGACGAGUUUCUGGGUGGCCCUGAGGAUGAGUUUUACGACAUGAACAAGACGCAAAGUGACUUGACAAAGAAACGUGAAGAGAAGCUCAAGACUCUUCCUUCCAAGCUAUACCCAGAUGUACCAUCGGAGCCUGUGCACCCACAACUUCCUUUGCGAAGUUAUACAGGAACAUACACAAAUGCGGCUUACGGAAACUUCAGCAUCGGUCUCGAGGCGCCCUCAGAUAUGCUGGAUAAGACUGGAGUCGAAGAAGUGGACUCUCAUGACCUGUUGCUCUACGCGAAGUCCAAAGGUGGCAACGUGUUGUUCACCUUCCGACACGUAUCGGGAGAGCAUUGGCUCUUGGAGAUACGAUACGUGAUCUAUGACUCGAAGACGGCGGAUGACUACUUGAAGGCUAGAUUCGAGGUUGGAGCAGACGGGGUCGUGCAGAGACUCGGAGUGAUCAUAGAAGCAGCGGUUCCUGGGGACAACGCAUGGGCAUGGUUUGACAGGGUUGAUGGUUGUUGA